GUGGUAGUGAGGGAGGGGACUGCAGUACUGAAUGAUCUUCCUGUAAAACCAGCAAAAACAGGAGCAGUGGGAAGUGUCAUGUGUGAGGAAUGUGUGGAAUGAGGGGUCAGCUGAAGAGCCAAUGUCAGGACAGCAUAUGAUCCCUGAUAUCCCUGGAGGAUUGCUGCAUGGGGGGCUAUGAAGAGCCGUGUGCCUCUUGAGACCUGCCAUGAUUUCAAGUAUUCCCAGGCUCAGAUAACUCCAAGAGAAGGACCCACCUUCCAUAUCACAGGCAAGAUGGAGCUGCUAAAGAGAUUGCCAUUGCACCGUACUUUCCUGGCUGUCAUCCUGAACCUGCUGGCUCUCGCCCUCUCCACCACUGCCUUGCUUGGCAGCUACUGGUGCACCGGGACCCAGAAAGUGCCCAAACCUUUGUGUGGGAAGAGCAAAGCCACCCAGUGCAUCGGUGUCCCCAUGCCAUCUGAUGCAGAUACGAGCAAUGUUUCAUCUGAGGAUGUGGUGCACUACAGCUGGGAGACUGGAGAUGACCGUUUUGCCUUCAGAUACUUCCACACAGGGAUGUGGCUUUCCUGUGAAGAGAACAUGGAAGGGCCAGAAGAGAAAUGCCGCAGCUUUAUUGAGCUUUCACCACCAGCAGAGAGAGGAAUCCUGUGGCUGUCGCUGGGAUCAGAGAUGCUGUACAUCAGCUUGCUGCUCAUCAGCUUCAUCCUCCUGACAGUGGAAAUGCUGCAUACUGGCAAUCCUGUCUGUGGGAUGAAGCUCAAUGCCUUUGCUGCUGUCUCCUCGGUGCUGUCAGGUCUCCUUGGGAUGGUGGCCCACAUGAUGUACAGUCAAGUCUUCCAGGCAACUGUUAAUCUGGGACCAGAGGACUGGAGACCGCACUCAUGGGACUAUGGCUGGGCGUUCUACAUGGCCUGGGCCUCCUUUACCUGCUGCAUGGCCUCUGCUGUCACCACUCUCAAUACCUACACCAAGACGAUACUGGAGUUCAAAAGGAACCACAUCAAGGGCUACGAUGGGAGCUUCAAGGAUCAGCCUCAGCACCACCAGUGCUUCCUACAGCAAAUAAGCAGCUACUAUGAGCCCAGAGGCAAGGCCUUCCUUUCAGUCUCUGAGGGAGUUGACUUCUACACUGAUCUGCAGCAGAAAAUGCUACAGCGGGAACCAGAGCUGGAGCUGGAUGAAGUCUUGGGCCAGACAAUCGGGGAGGAUCGUUGUUAGGGAUGAUGAGUGUACAGGGACAGAGCAGUGGGGUUUGGGAGGCACAAGAGCUCUGCAACGAACACUGGCACCACUGUUAGCAAGCUCUUGGGGGACUCUUCCUUCUUCUACAGUUCAGGGAUUGAGAAGAGAAGGUGGGCACUGGGUCAGGGCAACCUACAGUGCUAACAGUAGCAGGCUGAGGGUCCUCCCUGAUCACAGUUUUACGGCUGUCCUCUGCUGAGAAGGGUGAAACUGGAGGGACAUGUUGGUGCCAGCUGUCUCAAGUACUUUCAGGCAGAGUUGAGGCAAAUAUCCUAACCCCAGUACUGCACUUGGGAAUAGACGGUCAGCACCAUCCAGAUGGCAAAUUGCACUGCUGGACCUCUUUGAGUGGGUCACACUGACCCCAGUUCAGUGCUAUGGUGAAGGGCAUCAGUGUUCAUAUUGAUUAGUUGUCAUCCUCUCUGAACACCCUAUUUAUUCUUAAUUUCCAGGCCCAGAUUCCUCUUCUCCCUGCCCCCAGAUUAAAAGUCCUGCUGCAGUAGGAAUGGGGGUUAGCUUUCAGACAUCUCUCUCCUCCACUUUCCUAUCCGUAAUGACUCCCACAUGCUCCCCUCUUGCUUUUUCCCCAGAAAUCUCUCAUUCUGAGGUACUUUACUGUCUGCCUCUUUUUACUGUUUCUCCACAACCUUUAAGAAUCUUUGGCUGUACUUUUGUUUUUUUCUUUGCUU